CUGACACAUAUUAAUACAUACAUUUACUCUCUUCCACUGUCAAGAUGGGGAAUUUUGCUGCAAAUGAAGGUCUCUCCAUAUUCGUCAUUAUUGUAUGGCUUGGAAUCAAUGCUUAUCUCUUUGUAAAUUCCUACAUGGCUUUCCUCGUCGACAGAUUUUACUACACUCGAGUUAUUCUUGGGCAUGCCCUCUCCUGGGCCAGAGCACCUGCGGCCUGUCUGAACUUCAACUGCAUGUUGAUUCUCCUGCCGGUGUGUCGCAACCUGCUGUCAUUUCUGCGUGGCUCCAUUCAGACUUGCAGCCGCACUGCCGCACGUCAGCUGGAUAGGAACAUCACCUUCCACAAGAUGGUGGGCUACAUGAUCGCUUUCCACACAGCGGUCCACAUCAUUGCCCACCUGUUUAACUUCGAGCGCUUCAUGGAUGCCCAACUGCUAGGCAACAGCAGCGACAUCCAAUACGUGCUGUCCCAGAUUGGCAACGCAGAGAACCAGUCAUACCUCAACCCCAUUCGCUCCAAUGAAACGUCUCCGACCAUCGUGAUGUUCACCACGCUGGCUGGGCUGUCGGGGGUCGCCAUCACCUUGGCCCUCAUCCUCAUCAUCACCUCCUCCAUGGAGGUCAUUCGGAGGUCGUACUUCGAGGUCUUCUGGUACACCCAUCACCUCUUCGUGGUCUUCUUCAUCGGCCUUGUCAUACACGGCGUGGGGCGCAUAGUUCGUGGCCAACCUGCAGAUGAUCUUAAGGAUAAAGAUGUAGUCCUUGACCCUCUGAUAUGCGCUAAACAUUUUGAGGAAUGGGGAAUGAAUGGGACUUUCUGCCCUGUGCCAAAUUUCGCCGGAAAUCCACCACAGACAUGGAAAUGGGUGGUGGCUCCCAUGUUCCUCUACCUGUGUGAGAGGAUUGUACGAUUCUGGCGCUCGCAACAGAAAGUGGUCAUCACAAAGGUGGUCAUGCACCCAUCCAAAACCCUGGAGCUGCAGAUGAAGAAGAAGGGCUUCAGGAUGGAGGUGGGCCAGUACGUGGCCCUGCAGUGCCCCAGCGUCUCCCAGCUGGAGUGGCACCCCUUCACACUCACCUCCGCCCCUGAGGAGGACCACUUUAGUGUCCACAUCCGAAUCGUAGGCGACUGGACCGAGGGACUGCUCAAGGCCUGCGGAGGAGACAAGAACGAGUUCCAAGACGCCUGGAAAUUGCCCAAGAUGGCCGUGGACGGGCCGUUUGGAACGGCGAGCGAGGACGUGUUCCGCUAUGAUGUGGUGAUGCUGGUGGGAGCUGGAAUCGGAGUCACCCCUUUUGCCUCCAUCUUGAAAUCUGUGUGGUACAAGCACGUUCAAAACAACACCAACGUCUUAACCAAAAAGAUUUACUUCUACUGGCUGUGUCCGGAGACUCAGGCCUUCGAGUGGUUUGCCGACGUGCUGAAGAGCCUGGAGGAGCAGAUGAUGGAGAAAGGCAUGAGCGACUUCCUCAGCUACAACAUCUACCUGACCAGGUGGAAGGAAUCAGAGGCCGCACACUUCCGGGUUCACCAUGAGGCUGUGAAUGACCCCAUUACCGGCCUGAAGCAGAAGACGCAUUACGGGAAGCCCAACUGGGAGAAUGAGUUCACUACGGUUGCAGCAAAGCACCCAGGAACCAAGGUGGGUGUGUUUCUGUGUGGUCCAGCAGCGCUAGGCAAGACCUUGGAGAAGCAGUGUCGAUCCAACCCAGAGCCAUCCGUCAAGUUCAUCUUCAACAAGGAAAAUUUCUAAGAUCCAGACAUGCAUAGUAAAAAAAACGCUGUGUUGAUUCAACAAAGAGAUUUACUCUGGUGCCAAAUACAUUCUAGACGAUGUCUCAUUACAUGCUGAAUCAACACUGCCUUUUUUACUGUGACACUGGAAAUUAGGGUGAUAUCUGAAAGAAGACUCUUAGUCAUUGUACCACUAGACAAAAAACUACAUUACGGCAACAGUUUUUAAUGUCACUUUAUAACUUGAUCAUUGCCAUUGUGGUAACAACAAAGUUAUUAACAGGAUGUGUCUUGUAAACACAAAAGAGCAGUGACCAUAAAAUCCUUAAGUGUUAUAAAUCAAGAUUUAACAAGUGUUACUUGAGCCGAGCCAGUUGUACUUGAAAGAUGAAGUAAUAAGUGGUUUUCUAAAAUAAUGUUACAGUUGACUAGUGUAUAGGAAGCAGAGACAGUGUUUCAACAUUAAGCAACUUCUUACUUUUGUGUGAUGUAAUGGUAAAUGUGUCAUGUUUUCUUUACUUUUACUUUAUUGUAUUUGUUCAUAACAUUUAAGAGGUCUUUUUUAAUGUAUUUUCUAAUUUGUAAAUAAUCUAUAAUCUAUAAUCAAUCUGUAUUUGAUCUCAUUCAAUUUAUCUUACUAGAAAAAUCCUACAGUCCUAUCCUAAACUUUCUCUGCAAAGCAUGCAUUCAUGUAUUUUUUUUUUAAUUUGCAGAAUGUUUUGGUUUAAUUGGGCUGUUACUAAGAGGAACUAAAUGAAAAAAAAAAAAAACUCAGGCUUAAGGGGCGGAGCUAUAAGGUAGCGCGUGGGGCAUUUGCCCCUGGGCCCAGGGCCCUGUCACAUUGGUAGUAGAGGCCCUCUUGUGACCUUGGCAGGCCGUAUGGAGUCCUCCAUCAGUGGUUUGCACUGGGGCCCUGCUGUGUGCAAUUGUUCCGCCACAUAGAUGAACUUCACAUAACUGGGGUGAAUUUCUCAAAACCAAAGUUGCUUACUACAUUAGCUACUUUGUUGUUUUCAAUGCAUUUUCCCAUUGGCAACUACCGAAGUUGCUAACAGGCUAACAACUUCUCUUUUGAGAAACUCACCCCAGAUGCCUUGCUGUCUCCAUUGUUGUGAAACUCCACCACUGGCCUUAUUACACAGGCAUGUGAGGAAACGUGUAGGUCUAACCACAUGAAUUACAGCCCACUUGUUUCACGCCUCCUGCUUCUUCUGGUAGAGAGUCCGUGAGUCAGUACAUAGUUCCUCUUUCUUCAAAGAAAGAGGGUUUAAGAGGGGUUUUUUUGUGCAAGUUUUGUCACUGAUAGAUAUGGCCAAAUUAUUUCAAAGUAGUCACACAGGGACACAGUCCUUACAAAUUAAUUGGCAACAAUGUUAUAACUUCUGGAAGAAGGUGCUCAUAUCCCAUCUUUUUAAGAUUGCUUAUGGGUUUAGCAUAGCAUAUUUGCAUAUUUGAAAGAAACAGCUUCUGGUCGUUCGGCCUACAUGUCUAUAUGGCUAUUAAUGAAAACAGUGUGAUGGUGUUAGGUUUAGGUUUUUCAAUAACAUAUUGGAUUAGCUCCAGUUGUUUACAAAAACCUUUCUCCCUUCAUGCACCUUCGGGAGAUUGUCUUUCCUGUUGUCAUUCAGUGUUAAUACGGUCCUAAUCCAGCUCAACACAGAUCUGCAGCUAUGCCCACGCUCAUCAUCACCAGUUAACUUCUCUGUCUUCUCAGCAGUUGUCAUGGUAACUCCAGCUCCAGUGAUGAUGCUUUGAGUGGCCACAGUGAAGGAAUGAAGGAUGAGGGGGCAAAAGACUGCUGAAAACUAAGUGGUUUUCAUCACAGGCUUGAUCAACUCUAUUUCAAGGUGAGACCGGCUGCCAUUUUACCUGACCUGCCUUAACAAAAAAAUCCAGGUUUUAAUUAAAUCACUGAGUGGAUUUUGAAAAUCAUGCAUGAUGUAUUUUAUGCUACAUUUGGAAGGAGGCAUUUCAGGACUCAGGACCAGUAUUGGUAGAACAACAGUUGCUGUGACAGAUGUACUAAUGAGUUGUGAUGAGUUAUCCAGAGUCUGCACAUAACAUGGUGCCUAAAGUUCACAGAAAGAACCAUUCUUUUUUAUCAGCUGGUGAACUGAAAUGUCCCUUGAAAAACCUUUUAAAUAACAACUUCUUUAAAACUUAAUUAUGGACUGCAUGUAAGGGCUUCCGAACAUCGGCUCCGACAGCACUGCAGCGCACUUUUGCUUAGUUCCAACACAAUUCCGGCCCCCGCACACAAUUUUACCCCAACAGAGCAUGCAUAGUCAAUGGUCAACUCCGACAAAAUAUAACUUGUUUCUAAUCACUCGCCAACAUCUGUCUGUGGACAUCGGUGUCGGGUUGUAU